UUUGAUACUAACAGCAAAAGGACAACUCUACGUCUAACUUAUUUGACUUCAUUAUUUGGCUUUCAAUUACAUUAACUAGAUGAAAACCAUACAGAAAUUAGCCUGUGAACUAUAAGACACAGGCUUAAAUAAUUUGAUUGAAACGUUACAGAUAAUUCAGCUGUUCUCUCAAGGGCAGGAGUCUGACACUGCAGGUGGAAAAGCAACAAAAAGAACAAGGCAAAGAAAACUAGGAGGAUUUUUCCUGGGAGACACACAUUAGCUAUGUGAAGCCAACCGUUACUGAGAGAAAAUGCCAAACUUUUCUUUGUUCAACACAAUCAUUUUUGCUUCUUAAAAGGAAACGGAAGAUGAAAGACCGACUUCAAGAACUAAAGCAACGAACAAAAGAAAUCGAACUCUCCAGAGACAGGCACGUGUUGACUACAGAAGCAGAAGAACAAGGGGUGUUUUUGCAGCAAGCUGUUAUUUAUGAAAGAGAGCCGGUAGCUGAGAGACACUUCCAUGAGAUCCAAAAACUACAGGAGAGUAUUAACAAUUUGACAGAUGAUGUUCAGAAAUUUGGGCAGCAACAGAGAAGUCUGGUGGCUUCAAUGAGAAGGUUUAGUCUACUUAAGAGAGAGUCUAGCAUUACAAAGGAGAUAAAAAUACAAGCAGAACACAUUAACAGAGGUUUGGAUGAUUUAGUAAAAGAAGUUAAGAAGUCAGAGGCUGAAAAUGGUCCAUCAGCAGUGGUGACAAGGAUACUUAAAUCUCAGCAUGCUGCGAUGUUCCGCCAAUUUCAGCAAACAAUGUUUACAUACAAUGACACAUUAGCAGCAAAGCAGGAGAAGUGCAAGACAUUUAUUUUCCGUCAGCUUGAAGUUGCUGGAAAAGAAGUGCCUGAAGAAGAAGUAAAUGAUAUGCUUUAUCAAGGCAAAUGGGAAGUUUUUAAUGAAAGCUUACUUACAGAAAUCACUAUCACUAAAGCACAACUCUCAGAGAUAGAACAGAGACACAAGGAACUUGUUAAUUUGGAGAACCAAAUAAAAGAUUUAAGGGACCUUUUCAUUCAGAUAUCUCUUUUAGUAGAGGAACAAGGAGAAAGCAUCAACAAUAUCGAAAUGAUAGUGAAUGGUACAAAAGAAUAUGUUAACACUACUAAAGAGAAAUUUGGACUUGCUGUAAAAUACAAAAAAAGAAAUCCUUGUAAGGUAUUGUGUUGUUGGUGUUGCCCGUGCUGUGGCUCAAAAUAAAGAAGCUAUUUUAGACAUUU